CUAAUUGACGUAUUUAUCCAACAUCUAAUUUUGUAUGAAACGAUCUCGAUAAUUCUUUUUUACUGUCCAAAUAUCCUGUUCGUCGAGCUUCUACUCAGUUUAUGAGAAUCAUCUGUAGAGAAAGUUAGUGUCGAAGUGCGAAUUGAACAAUUUAAGUCGUAUUAAUAUGAAAGUCACGUGGUUCCGUAGCUUUGCCAGCUUGUCAAUAAUAUGGAAUGUUUAGGCGAUACGUGUGUGUAAGUGAUGAUAAAGUGUUGAUGGAUACGUUUAAGACAAUUCAAGAUACAGUGCUGGUUUAUAAAGUUUGUUUAGUGGCAAAAAUGUUGGCGUCAGCCGCUUCCGCCAACCUGAGUCGGCAUUCGCUCUCCGCUAUGUUCCAGAAGCGACGUUCGGUUGAUAGGCCUCUAAUUAUGAGUCGUCCAGAGAAACCCGCGCUGGGAACAAGGCCGCCACCGCCCGCGGCCAUUGUGCCAAAAUCCGCAGAUGGUCCGCGCCCCCCUGGGUGGAACGGCCAACCGCGGCGGCACGGCUCCAGCCGCUUCAACGUGCACAAUCACAAUCAAGAACUUGUCAAACUACCCCCCUUAAAAGAUACACCGGCAGCUGAACAGGAGCAGCUAUUCGUGCAGAAACUGCGACAGUGUUGUCUACUAUUCGACUUUGCGGAUGAACCGCUGUCGGAUUUAAAAUGGAAGGAAGUGAAACGAGCCGCCCUGCUCGAGAUGGUCGAGUACGUCACCUCGCAGCAGGGCGUUAUCACAGAAGCUAUUUACCCAGAGGCAGUUAACAUGUUCGCAACAAAUUUAUUCCGAACAUUGCCACCGUCGUCAAAUCCGAAUGGUGCGGAAUUUGACCCAGAAGAGGACGAACCAACGCUAGAAGCAGCAUGGCCCCACCUUCAGCUCGUCUACGAAUUGUUCCUUCGACUUCUAGAAUCGCCUGACUUUCAGCCCAACAUUGCCAAAAAGUACAUCGACCAGAAAUUUGUUUUGCAGUUAUUAGAACUAUUCGACACAGAGGACCCGCGAGAGCGUGACUUCCUCAAGACAACUCUUCACAGGAUAUACGGAAAGUUCUUAGUUCUACGCGCUUACAUACGGAAACAAAUCAAUAAUGUAUUCUAUAGGUUUAUAUACGAAACUGAACACCAUAACGGCAUCGCAGAAUUACUAGAAAUCCUCGGGUCCAUCAUCAACGGUUUCGCGUUGCCGCUUAAGGAGGAACACAAACUUUUCCUACUAAGGGUGCUGCUGCCUUUGCACAAGGUGAAGUCACUAUCGGUAUACCAUCCGCAGCUGGCCUACUGCGUCGUACAGUUCCUGGAGAAGGACCCGUCUUUAACGCAACCUGUCGUUAGAGCGUUAUUAAAAUACUGGCCGAAAACACACUCACCCAAGGAGGUGAUGUUUCUCAACGAAAUGGAAGAGAUACUGGACGUGAUCGAGCCGGCGGAGUUUCAGAAGAUAAUGGACCCGCUGUUCAGGCAGCUCGCCAAGUGUGUUUCCAGUCCACACUUUCAGGUGGCAGAACGAGCUCUGUACUAUUGGAACAACGAGUAUAUAAUGUCGCUGAUAUCAGACAACGCGACGCACAUCCUACCGAUCAUGUUCCCGUCACUCUACCGGAACACGAAGAGCCAUUGGAACAAGACCAUACACGGCCUGGUUUACAACGCUCUGAAACUGUUCAUGGAGAUGAACCAGAAACUGUUCGAUGAAUGCACUCAACAGUACAAGCAGGAGAAACAAAAGGAGCGCGAGAGGCUGCUGCAGCGCGAGGAGCUGUGGCACAAGCUGGAGGCGCGCGCCGCCGCCAACCCCGCCGCGCGCGCGCCGCCCCGCGCGCCCCCUGCGCACGCGCCGCCGCCGCCCGCGCACGCCGCGCCCGCGCUCGGCCCCGCGCCCGCGCUCGAGCCCGACGCGCUCGACGCGCGAAAACAGAACUACAACGCCAGUAAGCCUCUCCUCAGGAAGAAGUCCGAGCUGCCCGCGGACACGUCGACGGUGAAGGCGCUGAUCGAGCACAAGCGCGCCGACGCCUACCUCGCCACGCCGCCGGACGCCGACCAGUGCUAGCGAUAUCCACCCUCGUUGCGUCUCUAUAAGAGCUAAUUUCGCCUGGCGACUUUGACGUCGCCGUUCAUUGUCGACUGUGUCGAAAGGUAAUCUAGUUCAAAUGUGUGAAAACCGCCCAGAGCCGAUUAGUGCUAAUGAUUUCCAAACUGAACAUGUACACGUAUGAACUUCGUGGCGUCAUCUACCCGCGUCGCUAGGAGUUUAGAGUUAGAGAUGACGUGAAUACGUGACUUAUUUUUCAUGGAAAUAGUUGCCAAAUUGUGAUACUUUACCCGGAGUUGACUGUUGACAAUUUCGCUCAUCAUUUACAAGAGCGAUGACUUAUAUAUUGUUGGAAAACUAAAGUGCUAUUAGAUUUUGAUACGAUUGUUAAAUAUACCCAAAAUUCUUCCUUGUACAUCCUAAAUCCUUUCGGUGGCUGGUUCAUGUUUACAGAUAGUGAGGUGUUGAGGCAGUUAGGUGCUACACUAAGUUUGAAUUUCCAACAAUAAAUGAGUAUAGGCAAACAAAUAUUAAUAACACAAUUGUAUUAAGUUGUAUACAUAACAUUUAAAUUAUAUAUCUUAUUAGAUUGCAUUCAGACAAAACUCUUAAAAAGUUAUACAUUUAAAAAAAACACUCUUACUAGCAAAAUAGAAUUGUCUAGAAAUUGGCACCAAUUAAAAGUCUUAAACUAAAUCGAUAAACUUUAUUUUUAAUUUAUAUGUUAAUUGUCGCAAAAUAAUAUUUUAUCGAUUCCAAUCAUUCUGAACAGAAAGCUGUCAUGUACUACUCAGUUCCAUGAAUGCAAUCUAAUGAGAAUUCCAUUUAAUAUGGAAUCCAUUUAAUGUAUCUUAACAUAGUAGUCAUCGCACCGCUUUAGACUUAACAUAAAGUACACAUCAAAAGGUAUUUACUAAAAUUUUGAACAAUAGUCAUACGUUAAAACAAACACAGAUAAUAUAUAUUAGUUAUUAUUAAGCCUGUCAGCCAAUCAGCAAUAUCCACGAACAUUUUUAACAUAAUGAAGUAAAGUAUAAUGUUGGUAUUAAAUUUUCGGUGUUUUAUGUGUCUAGUAAUUGUUGAUACGAUAGCCAUCACAAGUGUCAAAGUGACAGUUGCAACCGCCAAUUUCGAUAGAAUUCUUUGUUGUAAGAAAGUCAAUAGCGAUGACAAAAGGACGCUACAGUGAAGUGAUGUGAUGCAUUGUUUAUAUAUUAUAGUUAGUGUUUAAAAUGACUUAACCGCCACACGGGAAGCGUCUUAAUAUGCAAAAUAUAAGUUAAAACUUUUUUUUUGUUGAUAAUUUAUUUGAUUCGAAGCGUUUAACGACACUUUCCAUGUGGUGGUAUUCACUAUUAUAUUGUUCAUUGUCUGUCCCUCUUCUCCUUAACAUAGAUAGAUUGUUAAAUUUAUUACAAGUCUUCUAAAGGAGACGUCAAUCGACAAAAGGAAAUUAGGAACCCUGUUCAACAGACUCGGCUUCCAUUUUCAAAUAAAUACUUUCUAAAUAUUAAAAACAUUUAUCGGUUGAGAGUUAGUACCUACAUAGCAUGUUAAAUGUUUACAAUCAAUACAAUAUCCUUAAAAAUAAUUGUACUGCGAAAAUCAUUCCAGGGUAUAAUUUUAUCUUUCUUCAAUUGCUGUUUAUUUUUUUUUCGUACAGAUACAAAUGCCUUUAUCUGUCUGGACCCUUAAGUUUCAUUUAUUAGCUUUUUUUAACAUUUCUUAUACUUUCAUAAAUAACACUGUUACGCCUUUGUAUUUUUGCUAUUUAUAAAUUAUAUACAGAGCGCAUUAAAUAUUUUUUUUUUAUUAUAUAAAAAAUAAACUUGAUCGAUAAAUUAAAGUUCAAAAUUGUUGUCUUAACUAAAUGAAAUAUAUAAUAUCGUUUAAUUAUUUAAACGUUACUAUAAAAGAUCACAAACAUUCUAAAUUGAAAAAAAAAUUAUUAGUCACGGAUAUCAUUACUAUUAUUAAUGAAAUGUUAUUAUGAAGGUACUCGUAACAGAUUAUAAAUUAAUGCUUUAAUAUCGGUGUAUGGAAAAACAAUACACUGAAUAACAGUGGCAUUUAUAUACUGAUGGUGCCUUUCAAGGAAGCUAUUAUUUUCAACGCAGAAAAUAAUUUACAAACUAAUAUAAUAUUUCGGUUUCUAUCACGUAACUAUGUCAGGGACAGACUAAAUAGAUUACACUAGAUAAAAAAGUUAUAGGCGCUUAGUUAGCCAUAGUUAAUUUAUAAAUAUCCACACAUAGCCUAUUAAAAAUAUGAAUUGGUAGGGCACGACUUGCAUUUUUGUUAUAUUUUUAAUUUUUUUUUUUUUUCGUUAAGUGCAGUGUGCCAAAGUGAUUAUGUUGAAGCCAUUUUUUUAUCAGAUAAAAUUCUUUAAGAGCACUGUCAAAACUUAAAUAGUUUAUGUGAAAAAAUUGUAAUUGUAUGAAUGCGUUAUAGUAAGAAUGUGUGUGUGCUUGAAAACACUAUAUUCUGUAUUUAUUAGAAAUCAAAUUUAUUUUUAUUAUUAUUCUUUUUGUAUCGCAUCAGGCGUUUUAUACGGUGUCAGGUCUUUUUUUUAAUGUUAAAUGAAUAAAUUGACUGAAUUUUGAAAAAUACAGUUAUAACUAACUUACACCUUAAUGGUAAAGAAGAAUUUUAUAAAUGCAAUAACUACGAUAGUCACCUCAGCAAGCUCUUGCAAACACCUUCGUCGACGUCGGCGCAACCAGCUUACAGCCCAGGGAGCCACCGGGAUAGAUCAGACCUCGUUUACAUCCAUUUUUAAUGCGAUACUUAGUUAUUAAAAACUAUUAAUAACUGGUAACAAUAUUUACUAGGAAAGUUACAUGAAAGAUAGAUAGAUACUUCGAUUCAUCAUGUUUCUGGUGUCUGCCUGGGCAGUCGGCCCAUGUACGGCUGGCUACGCCGACGUUUGCCUAUUGUUACGGUAUUAUUAAUGAACAUCGAGUGACUGGAGCCAUCGAGUAGCGUCUUUAUAAAAUGUAUAUGUAAGUUAUGACUAAGCCAGUGUAUAUGAAACGGUAUAUUUUGCUUCUGGUAAGCGAAUGUGUGCAAUUUUAUAAGAAAUUAUUCGUCUUAAGCGAUUGACACGGUCACUCGGUGUGUAGCGAGUAGGUGUAGAUCUCUGCGUGUGGCGAGUGACUGGACUGACCACUUUAGCGAUAAUUUGCAAAGCUGUUCAAAUAAAAUGAUAAAUUUUGUAUAAAUAUUUAUAACGAUAAUGUAACUGUUGAAAUAAAAUAUUGUAACAGAUGACAUAUUGUAAGGUGCUUAUGAUGAUCGUUAUAAUACAAAGUUGUGCAUAUA